AUGGAUAGCGAAGAGCAGAGAUACGCAGCUGUGCACAGCGAAAAAUAUUCAGACAAACCAUACGGACACCACCCCCGUAAAGACGGUUUGUAUGAGAAUAAAAGGGCCCCAUUCAAAGGCCAGCUCCGAACAGACCCAAAGAAAGCAGAUGCGGAUAAAAAGAAAAAGAAGAAAAGAGAAGAUGCUCCACCAGAAAAAGAAGAGACAGAAAUAAUUCUUCCUCCAAAGAGGGAAAAGAAAGGGUUUCAGCUUAUCUUGCAAGAUGGUUCUGAGCUCACAUCUCAGAUCAUCCUGGAAGAAUUCAAAAAACACCAGAUUCUAGUAGACGCACCUGCCACAGAAGUAUCCGCAAAGGAAAAAGAAGCAUCCAGUGAGACACAGGCAUCUUCUGAGGAAGUGUCACAGAAGAAAAUUCUUGAAGAGGCAGCACCAGAGAAGAAAGUUCCAGAAGAGAAAAUUCCAGAGGAAAAGGCUCCUGUUCAGAUGAGUGACAUGGAGGCAAUUAGACUGCAGAUCCAGAAGCAAAUGGAAGAGAGAGAGAAGAAUUCUCUUUUGGAGAAGGCUGCCACCCAGAAAGAAUCUCAACAAGAAAAGACAACAGUCACUGAGAAAGCAGAGAAGCAACAGGAGCAGACUAUUAUUAAAAGUGCCCCAGUUAAGACACCCUCAGAGAGUGAAAAUAAGUCAGUCCCAAAGGAAGUAAUCAUCAGCACAGAAGAACUCCAGAGAAGCAUCAACCUAAAAAGUGGUGACUCCGUAUGGAAUAACACUGGGCACACAGACCAAAUGAGAAAGAACAUCUUCAGUGGACUAGCAAAGGCAAUCACAAAGCCAAGCUCAGCACCAAAGACAGCAAAAAAGACACCAGUUGCCCCAGUGGAAACACCAACUGAAAAGACCAGAACUGGAAGAAGAGAUGCACGCCCAGAGACUGAACCCCAAAGAACCACAGGACGAACAAAAGCACCAGUUGAAGCAGAAGUAAAGGAGACUGUCAAACCAGAGUUCAUAAAGCAGAAGACUACAAGAACUGAAGUGGCAUCGCCUAAGACAGAAGUAUCAUCGCCUAAGACUGAAACUCCAAAAGCUGAAGCAGUUAUAAAAACUGAAGCAUCGCCUAAGACAGAAGAAAAAGAACCAGCAGGAGUAGAGAUAAAUGCACCUCUGCCAAUUAUAUACGGAAAGGAAUUCUUGUGGUCUUUGCAGGCAGUUGGUGAAAGUGUCCCGUGCUCCUUGGAUAAGGCCCUUCUUGCACGGACACUUGGGUCUGCCCGAAGGAAGAAGGAAUUUAAAACAUUCCGGGCUGGAAGUGGCUUUAAGGAGACAAGGAAGAAUGCCCUGCCUGUGACAGUCUUUGAUAAGAUCGAGACGUACGUGGCUGAGUUUAAUCUCUCCCUGAACCAAGUCUGCCAGAAUAAUAUCGAGGCAGUUGCACAGCGUAUUCUUUCCAUUAAGGUACCAAAUGAAGAGGCAAUGGUAGCCUUGGGAACAGCCUUCUUCAACAGAGCCAUGCAGGAACAGGCUUACACUAGCGUAUACGCUGCCUUAUUGGAGCGACUGGAGAAGACAUUCCGUGCUGCAACUGAAGACCCUAAGGCAAAGGGAAUAUUCAGGCAGACAGUCAUUCAUUUGGCAAAGGAAGACUUCCUGGCACCCCGUACAUGGGCAUCUGACGAGACUGAAUCUGGCCCCCAGAGACUCACAGCAGACGAACUCUCAAAGCGUGUCUUGGAGAUCAGCAGCAACAAAGACAAAGAAUAUGCUCGUAUGGGAGUAAAGAAAAGAGCCCUUACGAUCACAAGAUUUGCCGUUGAGAUGUACAUGCAGCAGGUCCUUAAUGAUGCAGCCAUGCACAGCUCAGUGCACGCCAUCAUACAGGAGCGUACACCAGAGAACCUGGAGAAGGUCUGCUACAUUCUCAAGCACGCAGGUGUCCGGUUGGAUGUGCCUGCAGGCAGGGAGUACGUGGAUAUAUACAUCUCUUGGUUGAAGGAGACAGCUGCUGGGCUGAGUAUCCGUUACAAAUUCUUGGUUGAGGAUAUUGUGGCUCUCAGGGCACACGGGUGGACAGAAAAGGCACAGGCAGAAGAAGAUGACGGUUGGCGCAGUAGUAAGACAAAGGAGAAGAAGAAGUACACACAGACAUUCAAGAAGGACGGCCCACAGAAACCGCUUAAAGUGGCAGAGUACAUUGAUGCACACAUGGACGAGUGCAGGGACAUGGAGACAGCCACAGUCAGUACCCUCAAGAGACGAGACAGACCCUUCCCCACAGGAGAAGAGGCCAGGCGUCUUUCUGUUGAAUAUUCCGGCGUAAGUGCCGUAUUCCUUGCUGUCCUAGUGAAGAUUACAAUUGAAGGGUACGGGGAAGUGCUUGAGAAUGGACUGGGCCUCCUGCGAGAGUGGACACGCGUGACGCAGCCUACAGAACAGAAGAGGGAAGAGGUAAUUGAGUAUAUAGAGGAGAUCAUGCCUGACCUAAUGGAUGAUUCACCCAAAGCGCCAGAGCACUUUGAGGCAGUCAAGAAGAUUCUGCAAAAAUAA